AGUCGCUGUCCAAGGAACGUCAGGCGCUGCGCAGGUGAGUCAUUUCACGCGGUCUUAGCCAAAUUUGAGUGCAUCCCACCCAGGUUCAGACUUGCUACGGUGGUACUACGCACAGCAGCGGCGCAGUCUGCAAGGCUCGGCGCGCUGUUGUACGCAGUCGGCGAAUGACGCGACCUAGGCGCCUGGGCUUUGGAUCCACGCCAUUAUAUAGCAUCACACAGUGCCCCUCCAGAUAACCCAGUCCACCAUGUCCUACCAAAACAUCCAAGCCGCUGCACCCGACGUCGAGAAGUUGAAGUCUGCCGCGCCCACUGCGCCCGUGCUUGUGCCGUGCCCUGACUACCAGCGACGUACACAGUUGCGGGAUCUGCGCUCCAGGAGAGGCAAGCGCGCAGGCGGGCAAGGUUUAGGGCCUUGACGAGGUUCUUUCAUGCGUUCUCUUCACAUGCCUCUUCAUGUAUGUCGCGCACCGGGUCGCGCCCCCUUUGUCUCGUCUCUUGAGGGACAACUACAGCAUGGACCACGGGCACGAGCACAUUGACGUUCCAGACGAUUGCACCUUCGCGGAGUGGGACUUUGACCCGGAGGGCCUGCUCCCCGUUGACCAUUUCGAGCAUGUCGCCGAGACAUCGUUCGAGCUACCUCUCGGUUCUGAGGAGCUGUUCUUCACUUCCCAGGGAGCGUCCCAGUUUGCGAACGGCGUUAUCACAUAUCCGACAGUGGCGAGGCUGGGUCGGACGUACUAUAACAGCCAGCACCACUUCGAGGAGUUGACCAAGGUCUGCCAACUGAGCCCUGAGCAGGCCAAGAAUGGCGUAGGAUUUCGAUCCAGUUCAGGAUCCACGUGCAGCUUCCGCCCUCAUCCGAUGCUCUUUGGUCACCGUCAAGAAAUUGACUACACACCUCCCGAGCUUUGUCCACCGCGUAGGCGACCUGAAAACACGAUCCUCUUCAACGAGCUGUCCCUGUUCGCGACUAACACGGCUAUCAAUGUCCAGUCGGUUGUUGCAGACACAGCAUCGGUACACGCGACCAACGGGAUCAUCAGCGGAAACUUCAGCACCUUCCAUUCCCUGAACCUGCACACGACGAACGGUGUCAUCAGCGGAAAUUUCAACACCUCCCGCGCCCUGAACCUCGAGACGACGAACGGCCCGAUCACCGCCGUCAUCGGGCUCUUCAACGACAACGCCGACGAGUCCACCAAGGUGCGACUGCACACCACGAACGGCCCCGUCAACGCGAACGUCAGCCUCUUUGCCACGACCUCCUCCAGCACGGGCGGGCUCUUCAACGUCGACGCGCACAGCACCAACAGCCCCGUGCGCGUCGUCUUCCCCGACGCACCAGUGGACCACGUCCUCACGCUCGCCGCGCAUACGACCAACUCGCCCGUCGAGCUCGUGCUCCACCCCACGUACGAGGGCGGCUUCACACUGCACGGCUCGCGCUGGUUGUCGCCGCAGGUGCGCGUCAGCCCCAACGUUGACGACCCCGCUGGCCGUGGCCGGAGGAGGGACGUGCACUGGAGCACGUCGAACCGCGCGGAUGUGAGCGGGUCGGCGAGCUUGCUGUUGUCGUCCAAGCGGAUCCAGAACGGGCUCGUGAUGCCGGUCACCUUAACGGAGAGCUCUGCCUGGUCCCUGCCUUUGGCUAGCUCGCACUGGUCCAUGGGUACCGCGACACCCUUGCCGCGGAAGUUCAUGUUGAUGAGGGCUUGGAUGACGACCCAUCUUGACUCCGGCGCGUUUGAUGUGGCCGCCGGGUCAGGGGACGGGUCUGGGCGCGCCGACCCAGUUAUGUGGGAGGAGGAAGAUUUUGCGGACGUGGCGUUGGCGGGUCCCCAAGAGGAAGCCGGCGAUGAAGGCCCCAAAGCCCAUCUGCAGAGCAACGGCGACGACUCUGUGGUACCAUGGACGCAGGACGUACUCCCCCGUCCGCUCAGUCGCCGUCGUCUUGUCGGUACCUGGCUGUUCCUUGUUGGGGUGCGGUUCCCAGAUCGUCCAGUGGUCCCAUAUGAGCUCCACGGACCCCGCUCUGCCUCAGAGUAG